GUUUAGCUCACCAUAGGCACCUCAGUUAAAACUUGCACGCUAAGCCAAUCGGUUGUGUUUAUAAAUAAAAGUUAAAUUUAAUAGGUACAGUUGAAAACCAGAAAGUUAAGUGAGAAAUAAAAAAUAUACACAAAUAAGAUAAAUAUUCAUAAGGCAAUGAGCGCAAAUACGAGUAAUAUGGAGGAAGUGUUGAUGGAAUUGACUGGCAAGAAUAUUGUUUAUGUUGGUGGUUUUGGUGGCAUCGGUUUAGAAACAUGCAAACAAUUGUUGCAAAAGGGUGUAGCGAAUCUCAUGAUACUCGGCAAAGCAUGGAAUGAGUCAGCAUAUAAAGAGCUCAAUUCAGUCGAUCCGCAACCUGUAUGCCAAUUUAUUGAGUUUGACGUCACCUGCGGUUUGGAAAAAACGCGCACAGUGUUUGCGCAAAUAGCGGAGAAAUUUGGAAACAUCGACAUGCUAAUUAAUGGUGCCAGCAUAUCUGAUGAGACAGAUUACAAUUUGAUUAUUGCCACAAAUUUUACCGGCACAAUUAAUGCUACACUGGUCGCCUACGACCUUAUGGAUAAGAGUAGAGGGGGCAAGGGCGGUGUUGUUGUGAAUAUAUCUUCGGUAGCUGCGCUGACGCCAUUCCCCGUCUUGCCUAUAUACAGUGCGACGAAAGGAGGAAUUCUGAACUUUACGAGAGCGCUAGCGCACUUGGAGCCAAAAACAGGCAUCACUCUCUACACAAUUUGUCCCGGCAUUACCGACACCAAACACUGGGACAAUGUACAUUGUUUUCAAGGAAAAUAUCUUGGUUUGAAAGAGAGAUCACGGCAUGAAUUUCCAUCACAGUCUACAUUAGAUUGUGCAAAGAACAUUAUAAAAGCUAUUCAAGCGCACAAGAAUGGCUCAACUUGGAUGUGCGAUUUGGGACAGCUCAAAAUGGUCGAAAUAAAGAAUUUCUGGUUCCCAAAUAAGGAAAACAAAAACGGAGAGCAAUGUUGUAAACCCGAGUGUGGUUGAAGCAUUACGACAAGUCUGCAAGCGAAAUGCCUUUGGGCAUCCAGGUUCAAGGGUGCAAGCACAGAAGUGAAAGCUUCAAGUCUGGCAAGCGAAAUGUUAAAGCUACCACUAAUGCAUUAAGUAUAAGAUAUAGGAAAUAAUAGAAGGUAUGAGCAGGAAGGAUGCGUAUUUAAGAUGUGUUCAUAUACAUAAAAUAUACGUAUAUAUGUAUGUAUAUAUAACUAAAGUAUUUUUUUAGGACAAAUAUGAAUGUAUACGAGUAUGUAUGUUUUCUGAUUUUUUAAGCAUUUAAUAGAAAAAAGUUCCUUUCAAGAAACCACUUUUUAUAAAUAAAUUUCAUAGUAUUAUGUAAUUAAGAAAAAAUAAGCAGAAGUGUAGAGUUUUUUAAUACGCUCGGCUCGAAAUGGUGUACGAGUAUACUUACUUGUAUGUGAGGCAUUAACGAAAUUAUUUUCUUAUUUAAAAGGCCCUUGCACGCCACUUUGUGUUGGAUAUGGCAUCACUCAAAUCCACGCAGCGGCUUUGCCUAGUGAAUUGGAUCCUAUUUUCAAUCGCAUUGCUGUAUAGAGCCGCGAUCUAUGAAUUUGAGUAAUGGAUUUGGACUAUUUACUUUGAGGGUAUCGGCCGAUUGCAGUUUAUUGGAAUGGACUUGGUACUUUAGAAAACAUACAAGAAAAAUUUACGCCAUCUUCCCGAAAGAUAAAUAUACCUCGGAACUCAUAUUUCAAUACCGUAGCGAUUUGGCAUCAGUGACUGAAUAAUAAACAGCUGAUUCGACAGAUGCCACAGAUGCCAACAAUAUGGCCGCCACAGCUGGUCCACAUCGAUCGGUCCCUAUUAGGAAGCCCGCAUACUUUUCUGCUUUUCGCAUUUACUUGAUUUGUUGUAUGUAUUAAAUUACGAAAAAAUGUAUAUUUAAGAAAUAUUUAUUUAUGAAAAUGUUUUAUAUUAAGGAAAUAUUUUAUGUUUAAAAUACUACAACUCUUUAUUUUGCUACUUAAAAAUGUUUACUAUCUAAUAAGUCUUCUAUGCUAGUCUAGAUUUAAUGAAGCUAAAUUGAAAGCUCGGCGCUUUAUAAGCAACUUACUAGGAGAUGUCAAAUGAAUGGGAGUUCAAAAGGCAAGCUAUGAUAAAGGGUAGGUACUGAAGUAGGUAGGUGAAAUGGUGGAAGUACCACACUGGCACUCCAAAGUAGCACUAAAGCGCCGUUUUGAUACCAUUAUGAGACCUCCAACAAGCAGAUAUCUUCAGCCAACCAGGGCUGUUGAUAUAAUGGAGAAGAUUGAUGGGAUUUAGGUUGGCGCACUGCCCCAGGCUGUCGAAGAACGGAACACCCAGUGACCUUAAUCGUGUAGCUGCCAAGCCCGGACAUUUACAGAGAAAUUUCUUAAUAGUCUAUUUCUCUAAAAGGUCCCCACAGCUGCUGCAAUGGUGAUUAAAUGGUAAACCCAAAUUUUCUGCGUGAGUAGUAAGCGCAGCUGCAAGUUUGGAAAUUGAAUGGCGUAGAGUUCCCAGGACUAUCUGCGUUUAUUGUACUAGGGUCAUAGGGCAUUUCGAAAUACGAAAUUAGGAAUACGAAGAAAUGGAGCUCCGUCUUAUCUGUGCUUUCGUGUGAAAUGCGUUGUGCAAUUCCCCAUCAACUUCAGUCAGGGAGAUGCUAAUGUCCGGGUAGGAGACUUCUGAAACCAAUUCAGUCCACCCCUUACGGGCAAGCUCAGCAGCAAUUUUAUUCACCCCCUAUGUUUCUAUAUCCUGAAACCCAGAUCAGAGAAAUAUGACUUGCACACUCAAAAGUUCUAAUCUCUCCCUUACAGCAGUUAACCAGUUUGAAUCUGCACCUGAAAAACACUAGCAGUAUUCGGCAGAUUCACGGAAAUAAAUAAAUUGGCUGGUUUAAAGAAAACUCCUGCUCCGGCUCCCGAUUCCAUCUUGGAGCCAUCAGUGAAGACAAAGGUUGCAGUCUCGUUACAGAUUUUCCCCUAAUUGCAGUCCUGUCUACUUGGAAAGAUUGCCCAGGCACGAUCCCAAACUCCAGUUUGCGGUUAGAGAGAUCUACACGUAGUUCAGAGAAAUAAGGUGUUAAUUGCCCAAAUUCUUCCGAUGUUCCAAAAUCAAAAAAUUAAAGUAAAUGCGGGUACUGAUUUUCGUUCACAGUACCAAAGUCAAAGCUUCGAUCAGUAGACUUUUGAGAAGAACCCAACUUAGCGCUUCUUACAAGUCAAGGUCCCAAUUGCCGGAUUUUAAUAAAAUAUUUAAACUAUUUAGAUUUGUAGUUUAAGCAUAGAAGUUUAUUUAAAUUUAAUAUUUUUCUACUGGAAAAUAAAAUUUAUUGAUCUAAAAGCAAAAAUCGCUUGGAUGAUAUUUUGUGUUUGUCUUAUUAGUUGUGCGUUUAUUUUUUACUUAUAAAUUACUCACCUAUAAAUAUUAAGCAAAUAGAAUUGACGGCAUUUAUUUUGUUUGGAACAUUAAUUCAUUUCAUAAAAAUCAUAGAAAUAUUCUAAGAUUUAGCUGAUUAAGUGUUUGUACUUUGUUCACAAUUUUAUAUAAUUUUGAAAAAUUAAAAAUAAAUAUCUAUGUUUAUUAACA